CGACCCGACCCGGCCCGGCCCGACCCGACAGCCCGGAGCAUGGCGGCGCCGCUCCCCGCCGUCGUGCCGGCCGCCCGCAAGGCCACGGCCGCGGUGAUUUUCCUCCACGGACUGGGAGACACAGGGCAUGGCUGGGCAGAAGCCUUUGCAAGCAUCCGAAGUGCCCACAUCAAAUAUAUCUGCCCACAUGCGCCAGUCAUGCCUGUAACACUGAAUAUGAACAUGGUCAUGCCUUCUUGGUUUGAUAUUAUCGGACUUUCACCUGAUUCACAAGAGGAUGAACCUGGAAUUAAACAGGCAGCAGAAAAUGUGAAAGCUCUGAUCGACCAAGAGGUGAAGAAUGGCAUUCCUCCUCACAGGAUUGUGUUGGGAGGGUUUUCUCAGGGAGGAGCAUUAUCUCUUUACACGGCCCUGACCACACAGCAGAAGCUGGCAGGAGUCACAGCCCUCAGCUGCUGGCUGCCACUGCAGUCUUCGUUUCCAGAGGGUCCUAUCAGUGGUGUCAAUAGAGAUAUUUCUAUUCUCCAAUGCCAUGGAGAUAGUGACCCUUUGGUUCCCCUAAAGUUUGGCGCUCUGACGGUGGAAAAGCUAAAACAGUUGGUAAAUCCAGCCAAUGUGACCUUCAAAACUUACGAAGGCAUGAUGCAUAGUUCGUGUCCUCAGGAAAUGAUGGAUAUCAAACAGUUCAUCGAUAAACUCCUACCUCCUGUGGACUAACUUCACACAGAGGCCUUGUGUGGAUGUACAUCGGCGGCGUCACAGACUCCACACCUGUCCUGUAGCCCAUCCCGAAACUUGUCACGUUUGCAGUGUUAAAAAUGUUUCACAAACACACAUGAAUGGUAGAGACGCAACCAUAUCUCUUUGUGGGAAAUGUGUGACCUGCUGAGUCAAAAUACCUGUUCAAAGGCAGGUAUUCACAUACUCUCCCCCUGAAUUUACUAGUGUUAUAAAAGCAGCAGCUAGCUUCCUUUUCCCAGCUGUCAUUCAGCAAUGUAAUAAAGAGAGUAUAAUUCA